AUGGAAGGAUCUAAUGAUGAAGAGGAAGAUGAUGAUUUCGAUGAUGAUUCUAAAGAACCACCACAGAUUGAUGAAGUCAUACUCAGAAUUUUGUCUAUAUCUAGAGUGCAUUCCUCUGGUUUUUCCAGUGAUGCAAGAUUUAGUGGUGGUGGACUGCUUAUACAGUCGGAGAUGCAACAUGGUUCGAUGAAUAUGGUGGCAGGUGCUCAGAAUGUGAAUGGGGUUGCAGUCAGUGGACCUGAAGAGUAUUUGGGUAAUUCGAGGUUUUCCUAUUAG